AUGGGUAUCAAAGGUCUCACCGCUCUCCUGUCGCAACAUGCGCCGAAUGCUAUCAAAGAGCACGAUAUAAAGACAUUGUUUGGUCGGAAAGUGGCCAUUGACGCCUCAAUGUCCAUCUACCAGUUCCUCAUUGCUGUCCGGCAAAGGGACGGGGAAAUGCUGACGAACGACGCUGGGGAAACGACCAGUCACCUCAUGGGCUUCUUCUAUCGGACAAUCCGCAUUGUGGAGAAUGGUAUCAAGCCAGCCUACGUAUUUGACGGAAAGCCGCCAGAGAUGAAGAAGGGAGUGUUGUCGAAACGUUUCGAAAAGCGCGAGGAGGCCAAAGCGGAGGGUGAAGAGGCGAAGGAAACAGGGACGGCUGAGGAUAUGGACCGGUUUUCACGACGGACAGUGAAAGUGACGCGAGAACAUAACGAGGAGUGCCGACGUCUGCUCAAGCUCAUGGGCAUCCCUGUUGUCAUCGCUCCUUCAGAAGCGGAAGCCCAAUGCGCCGAACUCGCUCGUGGCGGCAAGGUGUAUGCGGCGGGCUCGGAAGACAUGGACACUCUUACCUUCAAAGCACCCAUCCUAUUCCGCCAUUUGACAUUCUCAGAAGCGAAGAAGCAGCCCAUUAGCGAAAUCAACCUCCAAGUUGCCCUCGACGGCUUAGAUAUGAAUAUGAGCCAAUUCGUGGAGCUCUGUAUUCUCCUGGGAUGCGACUAUUUGGAACCAAUCAAGGGUGUUGGCCCAAAAUCGGCCCUCAAGCUAAUCAAAGAGCACGGCAGUCUCAAGGCGGUUUUGAAGCACCUUCGUGCCAAGUCAGCAAGCAAGAAGGCCGCAGACUCCGAGGAAGAAGAGGUAUCAGAACACGAAGAACACGCCCCCACAUCUGAUGUCGAGAUGGAUAGCGACGCAGACGAGCGCAGUCCCGAAGAGAAGCAGGCGGAGGCUGAGAAGAAAGAAAAGGAGAAAGCUGCGCAGAAGGCUAAGGCGAAACGAAAAGGGAAAGGCGGCAUUCAGGUUCCAGAAGAGUGGCCUUGGGAGGAUGCGAAGAAGAUCUUCGAAAAGCCCGACGUGCUGCCUGCAGACGAAGUGGAGCUUGAAUGGCAAAACCCUGACGUUGAUGGCCUCGUUCAAUUCCUCGUAACCGAGAAGGGCUUCAAUGAGGAACGUGUUCGGAAAGGGGCUGAGAAACUGCAGAAGUUCCUCAAUAUGAAGCAGCAAGGUCGUCUAGACGGUUUCUUCACUGUGAAGCCCAAGGAAAAGGCCCCAGCUCCGUCUAAGGGCAAGGCCGCAGGAGCGAAAGGAGGAAAGGGCACGAAGAGGAAGGGAGACGAGAAGGAAGCGAGCAGCAGUAAAAAGUCAAAGAAGAAGUGA